CGCGGAGUCCCGGCCCGGGACACAAGAUGGCGGCAGCGGCGUUGGGGAGGGCGAGGCGGAGGCGGCAAAACGGGCGGUGGAGCAGAACGUGUAGCCGCGUCCCCUCGAGUCCGCUGCGGGCAGUUGCUGAGGCAAGGAAUCCCCUGGGCCCCCGUCCACUCCACUGCUGACCAGCCCACCCACCUGUGCUGCGCUUUCCUGCAGGCCUCCCCACUGCCUCUGUGGGACCCUGUGACGUGGGGGUCCAUCUGGCCGAAGAAGAAAACCCUCUCAUGCUAGCGUUGCAGACCCCAGAGGGUCCGGUGUGGGUGCUGAGAUGGCCAAUGAGAAUCACGGCAGCCCCCGGGAGGAAGCAUCCUUGUUGAGUCACUCCCCAGGCACCUCCAAUCAGAACCAGCCCUGUUCUCCAAAGCCCAUCCGCCUGGUGCAGGACCUCCCAGAGGAGCUGGUGCAUGCGGGCUGGGAGAAGUGCUGGAGCAGAAGGGAGAGCCGCCCCUACUACUUCAAUCGGUUCACCAACCAGUCCCUGUGGGAGAUGCCCGUGCUGGGCCAGCACGACGUGAUUUCGGACCCUUUGGGGCUGAAUGCAACCCCCCUGCCCCAAGACUCAAGCUUGGUGGAAACCCCCCCAGCUGAGAACAGGCCCCGAAAGCGGCAGCUCUCGGAAGAGCAGCCCAGCGGCAAUGGCGUGAAGAAGCCCAAGAUUGAAAUCCCCAUGACACCCACCGGCCCGUCAGUGCCCAGCUCCCCCAGCGUCCCAGGAACCCCAACGCUGAAGAUUUGGGGGACAUCCUCUGAAGAUAAACAGCAGGCAGCUCUCCUCCGACCCACUGAGGUGUAUUGGGAUCUGGACAUUCAGACCAACGCUGUCAUCAAGCACCGGGGGCCUUCAGAGGUGCUGCCCCCGCAUCCCGAGGUGGAGCUGCUCCGUUCCCAGCUCAUCCUGAAGCUUCGGCAACACUACCGGGAGCUGUGCCAGCAGCGGGAGGGCAUUGAGCCUCCCCGGGAAUCCUUCAACCGCUGGAUGCUGGAGCGCAAGGUCGUGGACAAAGGCUCUGAUCCUCUGUUGCCAAGCAACUGUGAACCGGUCGUGUCCCCUUCCAUGUUUCGUGAAAUCAUGAAUGACAUUCCCAUCAGGUUAUCCCGAAUCAAGUUCCGGGAGGAAGCCAAGCGUCUGCUCUUCAAAUACGCAGAGGCUGCCAGGCGGCUCAUCGAGUCCAGGAGUGCAUCUCCCGACAGCAGGAAGGUGGUCAAGUGGAACGUGGAGGACACCUUCAGCUGGCUGCGGAAGGAUCACUCUGCCUCUAAGGAGGACUACAUGGACCGCCUGGAGCAUCUACGGAGGCAGUGUGGCCCCCACGUCUCGGCUGCAGCCAAGGACUCUGUGGAAGGCAUCUGCAGUAAGAUCUACCACAUCUCCCUGGAGUACGUCAAACGGAUCCGAGAGAAGCACCUUGCCAUUCUCAAGGAAAACAACAUCCCAGAGGAGGUGGAGGCCCCUGAGGUGGAGCCCCGCCUGGUGUACUGCUACCCAGUACGGCUGGCUGUGUCUGCACCUCCCAUGCCCGGCGUGGAGAUGCACGUGGAGAAUAAUGUGGUCUGCAUCCGGUAUAAGGGCGAGAUGGUCAAGGUCAGCCGCAACUACUUCAGCAAGCUGUGGCUCCUUUACCGCUACAGCUGCAUCGAUGACUCUGCCUUUGAGAGGUUCCUGCCCCGAGUCUGGUGUCUUCUCCGAAGGUACCAGAUGAUGUUCGGCGUGGGCCUCUACGAGGGGACGGGCCUGCAGGGAUCGCUGCCCGUGCAUGUCUUCGAGGCCCUCCACCGACUUUUUGGCGUCAGCUUCGAGUGCUUCGCCUCACCCCUCAACUGCUACUUCCGCCAGUACUGCUCUGCCUUCCCCGACACAGACGGCUACUUCGGCUCCCGCGGGCCCUGCCUGGACUUCUCCCCGCUGAGUGGUUCCUUCGAGGCCAACCCUCCGUUCUGCGAGGAGCUCAUGGACGCCAUGGUCUCUCACUUUGAGAAACUGCUCGAGAGCUCGCCAGAGCCCCUGUCCUUCAUUGUGUUCAUCCCCGAGUGGCGGGAACCCCCGACCCCAGCGCUCACCCGCAUGGAGGAGAGCCGCUUCAAGCGCCACCAGCUGGUCCUGCCCGCCUUUGAGCACGAGUACCGCAGCGGCUCCCAGCACGUCUGCAAGAAGGAGGAAAUGCACUACAAGGCCGUCCACAACACGGCCGUGCUCUUCCUACAGAACGACCCCGGCUUUGCCAAGUGGGGGCCGACGACUGAGCGGCUGCAGGAGCUGAGCACCGCCUACCGGCAGUCGGGCCGCAGCCAUGGCUCUGGUGGCUCCUCCUCAUCCUCCUCGGAGGCCAAGGACCGGGACUCAGGCCGUGAGCAGGGCCCCAGCCGCGAGCCUCAUUCCACCUAACAUCCUGCGGGGAGGAGGAGCCCCAGGGUGCUGGUAUGGACUGCUGGGGCUCGGGCCUCUUGGGGCUGAGUGGACCCCAGGCCCCUCCUUCUGGGGUGGCAGCAGGACCCAGGCUGCCAAUGACAUAGGAAGAUUAUGGCUCUGCCAGGGCUUCCCCUCCCUGCCCGCAUCCCCAACUUCCCACCUCAGACUCACUCCAAGUCCCCUGUAAAUAGGCCCCAUGCCUUCCCUCCUUGCCCCCACCCCCAUCGUGUUGCCACCUCGUUUCAUUUGUAAAAGGAAAUACAGAAACCCCCCCAAGAAUGUGUGAGGGUCUUGAGGGCAGAGAAGGCUGAGGAACCUGGAGCAGCUUCUGGGACCACAGCCCCUCUACUCGACAUUCAGGCUGACCUUCUCAUGACCCCUGGGCCUUCACACCCAACCAACCCAGUGCUCCGGUAUCUAAUUUCUCAUCUUGCUGUCCUCACAACUGGGCCCCUGCUGGCCUGCACCCUGGAGGUCUAAAGAGUCCAGAGCCCUACAUCAACGAUCUGCAAGCCCCGACUUCCACAGCUGGUAUCGGCUUCACUGAUACCUCUGGGGAGCAAGAGGGCAGGUAGCUGGGUCCAGAUAGAAACCUAAAUGCCUGUUGGCUCUGGAGCCACUGCAGUGAGCAGGCAGCAGGUGUGUUUUCUAGUCAGGGGUCAGGAAGAAGAGCACAGCAGAGGCACCUAGCCUCGGGUUGUGGUCUCUGUGCAGGCAGCCACCUGGCUGUGCUCUGAGGACUUCUAGGCAUGGAGUUAUUGCUCCCCUGGGGCUGGAAGGAAGCAGAGUCUGAAGGUGCUCAGUGGGGCUUUCACCAGCUUAGCCAUCUCUCCCAGUAUCAGGCCUCUGCCCCAAGGGUCUGCCCUACUGGGCCACUGUACUUACAGAGGCAGGGCAAGAUGCACUGCAGGGCUGGCGGUUUCCACCUCACUCCCACCUUUGUGGGCUGUAAUGGGCUCUUCGUGCUGCGUCCUAAAUCCUUGUUGGUUCUGGCUGUAGCAGCA